AAAGAAAAAAAGAAAUCUCCAAAGGGAACCUUUCCCCUUCCUUGAGGCUUCUGCAAGCUUCACCUUCCAUUUUAAUUUCACAAUCACUGCCAAUGGGUAACUGCUUAGAUUCUUCUGCUAAAGUUGAAACUUCCCACACCUCCCAAGCGACUUCCGAAAUCUCCCAGAGUUCAAGCAAGAAAUGUCAUCCAUUAGUUCCUUCCAAUCUUCCUAGCUCAUUGGAAGAUAGGAACCGAAACAUAUCGAGUCUUAUCACAUCAAGAACAGAAGGUGAAAUAUUGUCAUCUUCCAAUUUGAAGCCUUUCUCUUUCAAUGAACUCAAGAAUGCAACUAGAAAUUUUCGACCCGACAGUCUGUUAGGUGAAGGGGGAUUUGGUUGUGUUUUCAAAGGAUGGAUUGAUGAAAACACAUGGGCCGCUACAAGGCCAGGAUCGGGAAUUGUUGUCGCUGUCAAGAAGCUUAAGCUUGAAGCUCCCCAAGGCCACAAGGAGUGGUUGACAGAAGUUAAUUAUUUGGGAAAAUUUCAUCACCCAAAUCUAGUUAAGCUGAUUGGGUAUUGCUUGGAAGGCGAGAAUCGGUUAUUGGUGUACGAGUUUAUGCCGAGAGGGAGUUUGGAGAAUCAUCUCUUCAGAACGUGUUCCCAACCUCUUUCUUGGGCAGUAAGGAUCAAAGUGGCCAUAGCUGCCGCCAGAGGUCUUUCUUUUCUUCACGAAGCCGAAUCGCCUGUCAUUUAUCGCGAUUUCAAGGCAUCCAACAUCCUACUUGAUGCAGAAUUCAAUGCUAAGCUUUCUGAUUUUGGUUUGGCGAGGGCUGGUCCCACUGGAGAUAGAACUCAUGUAACUACUCAAGUUAUGGGGACUCGAGGCUAUGCUGCACCUGAAUAUGUUGCUACAGGUCGAUUGACAUCGAAAAGCGAUGUUUAUAGUUUUGGGGUUGUGUUACUCGAAUUGUUAUCUGGUCGACGUGCUGAGGACAAUCUUGUCAAUUGGGCAAGUCCAUAUUUGGGUGAUAAGAGAAGGUUAUUUCGAAUUAUGGACACCAAACUUGAAGGGCGGUAUCCUCAAAAGGGAGCUUACAUAGUCGCUAAUUUGGCUACACAAUGCCUUAGGAGUGAACCAAGAGCUCGACCACGGAUGGUAGAUAUUUUGGGUGCAUUAGAGGAGCUUGAAUCCCUAAAAACUACAACUAGAAUCUCACAACCGGUUCAACGUGCAACUCUUGCUUUGACAAACUCGAAGCCAAAGACUGAUGCACCUCUUUUGAUAUCGCAUCAGAAGUCACCACGACGACAAUAAUGAAAAUGUAUAGUAUAGUGUACUCAUUAGUGCUAUUACAAAAAAAAAAUAUUGAUAGAUUCUUUACAGGUAUACUAUGUAAGGUUUGAGUUGGGUAAAAAUAGAAGUUCAAGGUGGGUAACAGUUGGGAUUUAUAUAAAG